AAAGACAAAAGAAACUUCUUAUAGGAAACAAUACAAUACAAGUAUGGGAUAAUAAAAAACUUGAUUUUAUUUGUAUCAUAAAUAAAAACCCAUAUGAACCAGAAUUACCGUAUGAAAAAUUUCAAGUUACAAAAAUUAGACUUGGUCCAAGUAAAUUUGAUAUUAUUUUGAAAGAGAGAAAUAAUGACAAAGAAAUCCGGGUAAAAAUAGAACACGAGGAUGAUAUUAUCAACAUAGUAAGGAAUGCAAUCGAUGCGCUUACAUAUCUAUAUUCCCAAAGUAAAUCCGUUAAUCUUGCUGUUGGUGGUAAACGUUCAACGUUUAACGAGAUAGUUAAACAAACACGAAACAUUAUUAAAAGAUUUAUUUCUCUAUAUCCAAAUGUCUGGAGACUAUUAGAUUUUCGUUAUAAACUAAUGUUAAUAUUUAUAGAGUUAAAAGAUUUUUCACUUAUAGCCUAUAUUUUGUUUGGUAACAAAAAUUUAUCGGAUUAUGAUUCUGAAAAACAUAUUUCAUCAAGCCUUUCUGUAAUCAUAGUAAAUGAUAACGAAAGUGAUAUUAAAACUAAAUUAAAAAGUAUUAUUUCGAAAAACGAUUCAAAAUUUCAUGAAAGCACCGAACAAAAUCGUCCUCUCCAUUCGUGGCUAGUUCCAUUAGAAUACCUUUUACCUGAAUAUCAUAAAAAUAUUAUAAGAAAAAAUGAAAAAAGAGAGUUUAUUAAAGAAACCUAUAUCAAUAUGAACAAUAUGACAAUGCUUACAUAUUUUCUGGAAUAUUAUUCUACCAAUGCGAUGAAUAACAUUGGAUGGAUGAACAUUGUGAAUGAAAUCAUACCAAUAUUAUAUGAAAUAAAUUAUGGAUGGUACGUCCAAGAAUUUUUUUAUAAUACUUGUUUUGGUAACAAACGACUAGAUUCGCCCACUUUAAAGUUUCAUGAGAUCAAAAAAAGGUCCAAAAAUUCUUUGAAAGUUUUUAUACCUGUAACACAACUUAUUCCUCAUGAUAACAAUUUAGAACUUAAAUCUAUCAGCGAUAACGAAAUUCCUUACAUUAGAAUGGUACCUCUAAUUAAUCUCUCAACGAAUAAAGAUAAUCUAUCGACACAGAGUACAUUUAAAAAGGUUUUAAUAAAGCUGUUCCUACCUGGGAAAUAUUCAUCUAUUAAAAAUGAAGACUAUAGCCCUUUUAUUCGGCUUUUGAAACUAAUUGGAAAGGAUGAUGUAUUUUAUGAAAUCCCUUCAAUGGAGGCCAUCAUGACUUGGAUGUGGUAUUCUUCUAAAUAUCAUUGGCGUCAUACUUUACAGAUUUAUGUUAUAUACCUUUUAACAUAUUCAAUUAUUUCCUGGGCAUAUAUUGCUCAUCUCGAGAUAACUGGUCAAGCACCAGAUACUUAUGAUGUUGUAGAUUCAAAUUCAAAUUCGAAUGAAACACUUUAUACAAUGGUCGGUGAAAUUCCUGAUAAUCCAUUUUCUAAUUUGCUUAGUUCUAUAGUUGCAGUAUAUGGUUGGGAUUCAAUUCCAUUGGAUUCUUGGAAUUUUUGGCCUCUUGUUAUUAUUAAUGUUAUUGGUGGUUUUCUUUUUGUCAUUGUAUUUGGGAAUAUAAUUAUUUCAUUUAUGGGGGAUGCCUUUUCAAAUGCAGAAAGAGCCAGUAGGCGCGGUGUACUUAAACUUCAUACUAGUUUAAUUUAUGAUUAUGCAUGCCUCGAAGGUUCUUCUUUAGCCUCCAAAACAAGUAAUUUUGAUAUUUUAUUUAAGGAUAAAUUAAAUGUAAGAUAUAUUUGUUUUUUGGAUGAACAAGACCUUACAAGAGAAUGGAAAGAAAAAUCAAAAGAAAUAGGUCCAAGAUGGUUAAAUACAUACAGUUUUAGUUCUGAUAACGAACAAUCCGAAAUUAAUUUAAAUAUUGAUGAAAUUGAUUUUAUUUGGACUUGGAAAGGCAAGAAAGGCAGGAAAUA